AUGGGGCAGAGCCAUGGAGGAGGAGAGGGGGAAGACAGUGAACAUGGGGAGGAUGGCUCUGGAGAGUGGCUGAGCCUGACCGUGGGCAGGAGCGCCUCGCCGGACGGUGGGGGGCCGCCGGAACCCGCUGCCAAGCGCGGAACCGACAAGAUGUUCUCCUGCAACUUCUGCGCGAGGAAGUUCUUCAGCUCGCAGGCGCUGGGAGGCCAUCAGAACGCCCACAAGAGGGAGAGGGGAGCGGCCCGGAGACCUCAUCAGUCGCAGAGAGUGCCAGUGGGUCUGCCCGUCAAGCCGCCGAUCGCGCCGCCCCAGCGGGUCCAGCCUUACUCGCUGGUCCACAAACCGCAGAGGACUACAGCCGCCAUGGCGGAGAGAUCCCGACGUCUUGCUCCGGUAUCUGCGACGAGCUGGGGAGCCUUCUCUCUUCAGACGGCGAUGGAGUUCGUGUUGCCGGGUAGCUUUCCGGCUGGUUUCCAGCCUUCCGAGAGAGCCAAACUCGACCUUAGUCUCCGGCUCUGA